AUGGCUGGGAUAUACAGCUCGACUCUGAAGACCCUGGAGGAUUUAACUUUGGACUCUGGUUAUGGGGCAGGGGAUUCCUGCAGGUCCCUUAGUCUCUCUUCUUCCAAGUCCAACUCGCAAGCCUUCACCUCUUCUCAGCACAGAGGCAACUGGUGGUACUACUCGGGCUCCAUGAACAGUAGGAAUAACAGCUGGGACACCGUGAACACCGUGCUGCCCGAAGACCCCGAGGUCGCAGAUAUCUUCUCCAAGUGCCCUAAGCUGCCGGAUCUCGAGGAAUACCCGUGGAGUGAUGAAGACAUCGGCAGAAUCCUGCGCAGAGGGAAGGGAGAGGGCCACGGCAGGAGCUUUUCCCAGGAGGCUGUCAGGCGGCUCUCGCAGCUGCUGCGGCGCGCCCUGAUCAGGGUGUCCAGGGAGGCUCAGCGGCUCAGCGUGAUGCACUCCAAGUGCACCCGCUUCGAGGUGCAGAGCGCCAUCAAACUCAUCCAGAGCUGGGCCCUGGCCGAGAGCUGCGUCCUGGCCACUGUCAAGGCGCUCUCCCUGUACAGCAUGAGCGCCGGCGAUGGGCUGAGGAAAGGCAAAUCCGCCCGCUGCGGCCUCACCUUCUCGGUGGGCAGGUUCUUCAGGUGGAUGGUGGACACGAGGAUCUCGGUGAGGAUCCACGAGUACGCGGCCAUCUCCUUAACCGCAUGCAUGGAGAACCUGGUGGAAGAGAUUAAGGCGAGGGUUCUGGCGAGUCAGAGCCCCGAUGGUGGAGGGGAGAUCUCGGCUGAAAUCCUGGAGAUGGUUAUCAACAACGAUGCGGAACUUUGGGGAGUGUUGCAACCUUACGAGCACCUCAUCUGUGGGAAAAACGCGAAUGGUGUGCUGUCCCUCCCUGCCUACUUCAGCCCCUACCACGACGGCUCGGUGUGCAGCGAUGGACGGGCCGAUGCCUACGCGCAGCUGGAACUCCGGACCCUGGAGCAGUCCCUGCUGGCCACGUGCGUCGGGAGCAUCUCGGAGCUGAGUGAUUUGGUCUCUCGAGCCAUGCACCACAUGCAGUGCCUGAACACCGUCCGGCCUGGCAUGAGCCCUGUCCGGCAAACCCGGCAGCAGCAGCAGCCCAUCUCCUGGUCCCCUGAUGCCCUCCACACCCUCUACUACUUCCUACGCUGUCCCCAGAUGGAGUCCAUGGAGAAUCCCAACCUGGACCCUCCGAGGAUGACGCUGAACAAUGAGCGCCCCUUCAUGCUGCUGCCGCCGCUGAUGGAGUGGAUGCGGGUGGCCAUCACCUACGCCGAGCACCGCCGCAGCCUGACCGUGGACAGUGAUGACAUCAGGCAGACAGCCAGGCUGCUCCUCCCGGGGCUGGACUGCGAGCCACGCCAGCUCAAACCUGAAUGCUGCUUCAGUUCCUUCCGGAGACUGGAUGCUAAAGCUGCUACUGAGAAAUUCCAGCAGGAUCUGGGCUUCCGGAUGCUGAACUGCGGGAGGACGGAUCUGAUCAACCAAGCCAUCGAUGCACUGGGCCCCGACGGGGUGAACACCAUGGACGAUCAGGGUAUGACCCCCCUCAUGUACGCCUGUGCUGCUGGAGAUGAAGCCAUGGUCCAAAUGCUUAUAGAUGCUGGAGCAAAUUUAGAUAUACCAGUGCCCAGUGCCUCUCCACGAUACCCCUCGGUCCAUCCCGACAGCCGGCACUGGACUGCUCUCACCUUCGCCGUGUUACACGGGCACAUAUCGGUGGUCCAGCUGCUCCUGGAUGCUGGUGCCCACGUGGAGGGCUCUGCUGUGAACACUGGGGAGGACAACUAUGCUGAGACCCCCCUCCAGCUGGCCUCAGCUGCAGGGAAUUAUGAGCUGGUCAGCUUGCUGCUCAGCAGGGGCGCCGACCCACUCCUGAGCAUGCUGGAAGUCAACGGGAUGUCAUCGUCACUCCACGAGGACAUGAACUGCUUCAGCCACUCGGCAGCACACGGCCACAGGAACGUCCUGCGCAAGCUCCUGACCCAGCCCCAGCAGGUGAAGGGGGAUGUGCUGUCCCUGGAGGAGAUUUUGGCCGAGGGGGUGGAGAGUGACACCUCCAGCCAGGGCAGCUCCAGCGAGGGGCAGGUCCGGCUGUGCAAGACCCGGAUGAAGGCUCUGCAGGAGGCCAUGUACUACAGCGCUGAGCACGGCUACGUGGACAUCACCAUGGAGCUCAGGGCGCUGGGAGUGCCCUGGAAGCUCCACGUGUGGAUUGAGUCCCUACGGACAACCUUCUCCCAGUCCCGCUACUCGGUGGUGCAAACCCUGCUGCGGGAAUUUGUCACCAUCAAAGAGGAGGAUUACAACGAGGAGCUGGUCAGUGAGGGGCUGCAGCUCAUGUUUGACAUCCUCAAAACCAGCAAAAAUGAUUCCAUCAACCAGCAGCUUGCAUCCAUCUUCACCCACUGCUACGGCAGCAGCCCCAUUCCCAGCAUUCCUGAAAUCCAAAAGACUCUGCCAGCUCGGCUGGAUCCUCACUUUCUGAACAAUAAAGAAAUGUCUGAUGUAACUUUCUUAGUGGAAGGAAAGCUCUUUUAUGCACACAAAGUUCUGCUGGUUACUGCAUCUAACAGGUUCAAGACACUAAUGACCAAUAAAACAGAGCACGAUGGCCACAGCAGCAAGACAGUUGAAAUCAGUGACAUGAAAUACAACAUAUUCAAGAUGCUGAUGCAGUAUUUAUACUACGGAGGGACAGAAUCCAUGGAAAUUCCCACCACUGAUAUCUUAGAGCUGCUGUCGGCUGCCAGCCUGUUCCAGCUGGAUGGCCUCCAGAGACACUGUGAAAUCCUCUGUGCCCAGACCAUCAGCAUGGACAACUCCGUCAGCAUCUAUAAAUAUGCAAAGAUUCACAACGCACCAGAACUGGCCUCUUUCUGCGAGGGUUUCUUCCUCAAGCACAUGAGCUCCCUGCUGGAGCAGGACUCGUUCAAGCAGCUCAUCUACGGCAGGAACAGCAAAGUGCAGGGCCUGGACCCUCUGCGGGACCUGCAGGCAGCCCUGGCCGGCCGCCUGCACUCCGUGUACGUCACGUCCAGGGUGUGA